AUGCCCGGGGGAAAGAGAGGGCUUGUGGCACCGCAGAAUACUUUUCUGGAAAACAUUGUCCGGCGCUCAAGUGAGACCAGCUUCCUCCUGGGGAACGCCCAGAUCGUGGAGUGGCCUGUAGUCUACAGUAAUGACGGAUUCUGCAAGCUCUCUGGGUUCCACAGGGCUGAGGUUAUGCAAAAAAGCAGCACUUGCAGUUUUAUGUAUGGAGAGCUGACGGACAAGAAGACAAUAGACAAAGUCAGAGAGACAUUUGAUAAUUAUGAGUCCAACUGCUUUGAGGUCUUGCUAUACAGGAAGAACAGGGCGCCAGUGUGGUUCUAUAUGCAGGUGGCCCCCAUCAGGAAUGAGAAUGACAAAGUGGUUCUCUUCCUGUGCACCUUCAAAGACAUCACUGUCUUCAAGCAGCCCAUCGAGGACGAGUCCACUAAGGGAUGGACCAAGUUUGCACGGCUGACACGGGCACUGACACAUAAUAACCGCAACACCAGCCACCAUACCACACCACAGCAGCUGACUCCUAUGAGCAGCCAUGAGGUCAGCCAACCCAAGCAGUCCCGUCUGGCAGAGGUUCUCCAGCUAGGCUCAGACAUCCUCCCCCAGUACAAACAGGAGGCUCCUAAGACUCCCCCUCACAUCAUCCUCCACUACUGCACCUUCAAGACCACCUGGGACUGGGUCAUCCUCGUCCUCACCUUCUACACGGCCAUCAUGGUGCCCUACAACGUGUCCUUCAAGACCAAGCAGAACAACAUUGUGUGGCUGGUGCUGGACAGUGUGGUGGAUGUCAUCUUCCUGGUGGACAUCGUACUCAACUUCCACACCACCUUCGUGGGGCCCGGUGGGGAGGUCAUCUCAGACCCCAAGCUGAUCAGGAUGAACUACCUGAAGACCUGGUUCGUCAUCGACCUGCUGUCCUGCCUGCCCUAUGACAUCAUCAAUGCCUUUGAGAAUGUGGAUGAGGGUAUUAGCAGUCUGUUCAGCUCUCUGAAGGUGGUGCGCCUGCUGCGUCUGGGCCGGGUGGCCCGUAAACUGGACCACUAUCUGGAGUAUGGAGCAGCUGUAUUGGUCCUACUGGUGUGUGUGUUUGGCCUGGUGGCCCACUGGCUGGCCUGCAUCUGGUACAGCAUUGGCGACUACGAGGUCAUUGACGAGGUCACCAACACUAUCAAGACGGACAGCUGGCUCUACCAGUUAGCCAUCAACCUCGGCUCGCCGUAUUGCUACAAUGCCAGCGGCUCAGGCCAAUGGGAGGGUGGCCCCGGGAAAGACUCUCUGUACAUCACAUCUCUUUACUUCACCAUGACCAGCCUGACCACCAUCGGGUUCGGCAACAUUGCCCCCACCACGGAUGGAGAGAAGAUCUUCUCUGUGGCCAUGAUGAUGGUCGGCUCUCUCCUGUACGCCACCAUCUUUGGAAAUGUGACCACCAUCUUCCAGCAGAUGUACGCCAAUACCAACCGCUACCACGAGAUGCUGAACAACGUGAGGGACUUCCUCAAGCUCUACCAGGUGCCCAAUGGGCUGAGUGAGAGGGUGAUGGACUACAUUGUCUCUACAUGGUCCAUGUCCAAGGGCAUCGACACUGAGAAGGUGCUGUCUAUCUGUCCUAAAGACAUGCGGGCAGACAUCUGUGUUCACCUGAACCGGAAGGUGUUCAAUGAGCACCCUGCGUUCCGCCUGGCAAGUGACGGCUGCCUGCGCUCUCUAGCCGGGGAGUUCCAGACCAUCCACUGCGCCCCUGGAGACCUCAUCUUCCAUGCUGGGGAGAGCGUCGACACACUCUGCUUUGUGGUGUCAGGGUCACUGGAGGUCAUCCAGGACGAUGAGGUCAUCGCUAUCCUAGGUAAAGGAGAUGUGUUUGGAGAUGUGUUCUGGAAAGAGACCACUCUUGCACACGCGUGUGCAAACGUGCGGGCGCUGACGUACUGCGACCUGCACAUCAUCAAGAGAGAGGCACUGCUCAAGGUUCUGGAGUUCUACACAGCCUUUGCGAACUCCUUCUCACGCAACCUUAUCCUCACCUGCAACCUACGCAAGCGGGUAAUUUUUCGUAAGAUCAGUGACGUGAAGAAGGAGGAGGAGGAGCGCCUGCGUCAGAAGAACGAGGUUCAGCUGACCAUCCCCCAGGACCAUCCGGUCAGGAAGCUCUUCCAGAAGUUUAAGCAGCAGAAGGAACUGCAGAGGAAUCAGGGGGCGUCCUCCCAGCUGGACCUGGAGAAGAACCAGCUCCAAGUGGAGCACCACCUUCACCCCAUCCCCCACAGCCUGCAGCUGUCUCACUCCAGCCUGCAACACUCCCUGCCCCUCAACAUCCAGCGGCCUGGACCCCACUCCUCCCUGCAAGGGCUCCAGAAUGGGGCUCCCCCUACGGGCUGCAGUAGCAGUGUGCUCACCGUGUCACAGGUCACGCCCAUGCAGUCUAGUCCUGCCAUGGGGGAGCCGCCUCCAGUCCGACUCAAGGUGAGCAGCAGCCCUGCUCUGGUAAAGCCUCCUGCUGCCAGGGGCUGGGGGCGCCUCAAAAACGUGGCUGCCCCACCUCCCGUGGUCAGGAAGGAGGGACUGAACAAUGUAGCUAAAGCCGUUUCUGUGGAGAUGCUAUCUCAGCAGGGCAGGGGUCAGGAGGCGGGGCUCAGAGGAGGAGAGGGAGAGGACAACCGCCUCCAUAAGACAGACUCCUGCGACAGCGGCAUCACUAAGAGUGAGCUGCGUAUAGACAGGGCCGGGGAGGCCCCCCUGCCACACCCGUUCGGCCCCAUCCCAGAGCAGGCCCUGCAGGCUGCGCUCCAGGAGACCCGGCUGGAGCUCCGGGGGGACCUCCAGACUCUGGGGGGCCGGCUGGGGGCCCUGGAGAAACAGGUGGCUCAGAUCUUCAAACUGCUGACCUCUACAGAGAAGAGGAGGCCGUCUCUACCUCUGGCCGCCACCCCCAAAACCAAAACCAAACGUCAGGACAUCUUCACUGUCUCCAGACCCGUUUCUCCUGACUUAGUGGACGAUGACGGGCACAUCUGA